CCGGCUGCAGCUCUCACACUAGUUCCAGUCACAAGCGCAUAUGUGAUACAUUUUGACAUUUGCCAGUAAGAUGAGAUGUGGAAAUGAAGAUACACGACUAUUAUGUGUGAUUCGAUGUGCUUUAUCUUUUACUUUAUGCCACUGAUCGAUAAGAAAGUAUUUAAGAAGUGUAACUGUUAAACAGAAGGACUUUCUGUUUAACUUGGAUGAACUGGAAUAUCCAGGGAGAGCUACACUGCCGUCCAGUCACACCUCCGCUGCACUUCAACCCUGCUGCCAGCCACAAUGUCAGCAGAUGCUUCAUCUUCCAGGGUGGCCGACUGUCUCCCCACAGAGUUUGACGUGGUUGUCAUAGGGACAGGUUUACCUGAAUCCAUCCUUGCAGCUGCCUGUUCAAGAAAUGGCCAGAGGGUUCUGCAUAUUGAUUCAAAAAGUUACUAUGGAGGAAACUGGGCUAGCUUCAGCUUUUCAGGAUUGCUCUCCUGGUUGGAUGAUUAUCAGCAAAACAAUGACGUUGGGGGAGAAAGUACUGCUGCAUGGCAAGAUCUGAUCCAUGAAACAGAAGCAGCUGUUGCACUUUGCAGGAAGGAUGAAACCAUUCAACACAGAGAAGUAUUUUGUUAUGUCAGUCAAGAUAUGAAUGACAAUAUUGAAGAAAUCGAUGCUGUCCAGAAUAACCCUUCCCCAGUGGCACCCAGCAGCAUCUCUAAACCACUGGAUUUUGCAAGCUUAUCUGAAGAAACACACUCAUUGUCCACCACAAGCUACAAAAUGCCUGCCAGAGACACUCCAGAAAGCGAUGGAGAGAUUUCACCAGAAGUAACAGAUACAGAGGAAAAGUAUUGUGGAGAUGAAACCUGUAUACAUUCAGAUUUAGCUGGGGAUAAAGGUGAAAACAAACCUGUAAUGGAAGGCAAUAGUGAUCAAUCAAAGAGAAAUAGGGUUACCUACUCUCAAAUAGUGAAAGAGAGCAGGAAGUUUAAUAUCGAUUUGGUAUCAAAGCUGCUGUAUUCUCAGGGAUUGCUAAUUGAUCUUCUGAUCAAGUCAAAUGUUUGUCAUUAUGCAGAAUUUAAAAAUGUCACUAGGAUUCUUGCAUUUCGAGAAGGAAAAGUAGAGAAGGUGCCUUGUUCCAGAGCAGAUGUCUUUAAUAGCAAAGAACUCACUAUGGUUGAAAAAAGGAUGCUAAUGAAAUUCCUGGCUUUUUGUUUAGACUAUGAACAACAUCCCGAUGAAUAUCAAGCUUUCAUGCAAUGCUCGUUUUCAGAGUACUUAAAAACUAGAAAGUUAACCCCGAACCUCCAACAUUUUGUCCUACACUCAAUUGCAAUGACAUCAGAUUCAUCUUGCACCACAAUAGAUGGCCUUAAAGCAACAAAAAACUUCCUUCAGUGUCUUGGGCGAUUUGGCAACACUCCCUUUCUAUUUCCUUUGUAUGGCCAAGGAGAAAUGCCCCAGUGUUUCUGCAGGAUGUCUGCAGUUUUUGGUGGCAUCUACUGUCUUCGCCGUCAAGUGCAGUGCCUUGUGGUUGACAAACAGGCUGGAAGAUGUACAGCAAUUAUAGAUCAGUUUGGUCAGAGGAUAAAUGCCAAAUAUUUUAUUGUGGAGGACAGUUACCUUUCCAAGGAAACGUGUUCAAAUGUGCAGUAUAAGCAGAUCUCUAGGGCAGUGCUCAUUACAGAUGAGUCUUUAUUAAAGACAGACUCAGAUCAGCAGGUUUCCAUUUUGAUGGUGCCACCUCUGGAACCGACAGCGUGUGCUGUUCGGGUCACUGAACUAUGCUCGUCAACCAUGACAUGCAUGAAAAACACCUACCUGGUGCACCUGACCUGUGCAUCUUCUAAAACAGCGAAAGAAGACCUAGAGUCCAUGGUGAGAAAAUUAUUCACCCCAUACGCUGAAACAGAGAAAAGCCCGGAAGAGCUUACAAAGCCAAGAAUCCUGUGGGCUCUUUAUUUUAAUAUGAGAGAUUCCUCGGGAGUCAGCAGAAGCUCAUAUACUGGCUUACCGUCCAAUGUUUACGUCUGCUCUGGGCCUGACUGUGGACUGGGAAAUGAACAUGCAGUCAAGCAAGCUGAAACACUUUUUCAGGAGAUCUUUCCAGGUGAGGAAUUCUGCCCCCCACCUCCAAAUCCAGAAGACAUUAUUUUUGAUGGCGAUAGGAAGCAACCAGAGACUCCUGGCACCGGUAACAUCACAGUGGUUGAACCAGAAUCCAGUGAGGGAAGCAAAGACCUUGAAAGCCCAGAGAAACACUUUCAAGAUUAGAAAAAGGCAAACUAAAAAUACUGACUCGGGCCUUCACCUUGGCAUCAGAACAUUCUCAUUGGAAGGACAGUUUUCUAUAUGAGUAACUAGAUGUGGUUGUAAAGAUAUAUUAUAUGGAAAUGCCAGCUUUAAUCUUUAAAAUUAUCUUGUGACAUUGGAGGUCUUUGUUUAUCAGUAACUGAUUCAUUGAGAACUAGACUUUUUUUUUUUUUUUUU